GCUAGGGGGCUGCUGCCCGAACGCAGACCCAUCAUGCUCUUCGGCCAUCGCCUCCCCACGGACUCUGAGGACGAGCAACAACUUCAUGGAGACCUCUCAGCAACAAGUGUCAACGCGGUGAUCGCCCUGGAUGACUCGUUGGGGGCGCCUGAGCCAGAGCCGCCGACCACGCCUGAGGCUGAGUUGCACUACCUGGCAGGGCUACGCACACCGAGUGGGCGCAAUGAUGGGGAGUGCUCCAAGCGGCAGAAGGUCUUGUUGGUGGAAGUGAGUUCGCAGGCCAUGGCAACGCGAACGGUGCGAGUGCCGCUGGCUCCUGAUGGGGCGCCUCGAUUCACUGUGCGCACAUGGAUUGAGGAGGAGCAAGACCAGGACGAGAUUGCGACGCAGUUGCUUGGCCAGGGGGGUGGCACGGAUGGCAUGCCUGGCACCUCCACGCAGCUGGACUCUGUCCCGCCCUUUGCACAGAGUGUGAAUGGGAGUAUGGGGGUCACGGAGCAUGUCUUCAACCAGCUGGUCUUGACGGCAACGCAGGGCGGGCUGAUGGAUAGCGAGAUUGCCGAGCGGUAUGGUUCCGAAGUGUUGCACAUGGUGCAGACGCAGCGGGCCCUGCUGGAGUCCUCGGGAUCGGUGGCUGACGUUGGUCUGCGCGAAGGGCAACAGGGUUGA